AUGGAUGAGGACAACAUGACGAGGAGCGAGGAGCAGCAGCUGAGUCUGCAGAAGGCGCUGCAGCAGUGCGAGCUGGUCCAGAACAUGAUCGACAUCAGCAUCUCCAACCUGGAGGGGCUCCGCACCAAGUGCGCCGCCUCCAACGACCUCACGCAGAAGGAGAUCCGCACCCUGGAGAGCAAACUGGUCAAGUACUUCAGCCGGCAGCUCUCCUGCAAGAGGAAGGUGGCUCUGCAGGAGCGGAACGCCAAGCUGGAGGGGUUCCCCCAGCUCCUCCACUGGUUCCGGAUCGUCGACAUCCGCAAGGAGGUGAUGGAGGAGAUCGCUCCGGGGCAGCUGAGCCUGGAGGAUCUGCUGGACAUGACCGAUGAGCAGGUUUGUGCCACCGUGGAGAAAUUUGGGGCCAACAGGGAGGAAUGUGCCCGCCUCAACGCCUCCCUCUCCUGCCUCCGCAGCGUCCACAAAUCCGGUGGCAGCCUCUCCAAGCAAGAUUGGACCAUCCACUGGCCCACGACAGAACAGCAAGGAGGCAAGGAGAACAGCCCCGGGUGCCAAGCAGAACCAGGGCAGUGGGGCAGGACCCACCUCUCCCCCAGCCCCAAAGUGCCACCCAAGUGUGGGCAUCACUGCCCCACCACCUCCCCCCACGCCCCCCUCUACACCCACGUGGACCGCUUGACCGUGGAAGGUCACCCGGGCUUGUGCCCACCUCUGGAGUCAGGACACCGUUCCCUGCCACCCUCCCCACGCCAACGCCACGCUGCCCACACCCCCCCACGCACCCCAAACAUCGUCACCACCAUGACCCCUCCCGGGACCCCCCCGCCCUUACGUCGGAGGAACAAACUGAAGCCCCCUGGGACCCCUCCUCCUUCCUCCCGCAAACUGAUUCACCUUCUCCCCGGCUUCACCGCUCUGCACCGCAGCAAAUCCCAUGAAUUCCAGCUGGGAAACAAGGUGGAUGAGGCACACACCCCCAAGGUCAAGAAGAAGACCAAACCCUUGAACCUCAAGAUCCACAACAGUGUGGGAAGCUGUGAGAACAUCCCCGCCCAGCGCUCCCCACUCCUCUCCGAGCGCUCCCUCCGCUCCUUCUUCGUGGGGUACCCCCCUUUCCUCCCCUCCACCCCCCCUGUCCACACUGAAGCCACCUUCUCAGCAAACACUCUCUCAGUGCCUCGCUGGUCCCCGCAGAUCCCCCGUCGAGAUUUGGGCAACUCAAUCAAACACAGGUUUUCCACCAAGUACUGGAUGUCUCAGACUUGCACCGUCUGUGGGAAAGGAAUGUUGUUUGGCUUAAAAUGCAAAAACUGCAAGCUCAAGUGCCACAACAAAUGCACCAAAGAGGCCCCUCCGUGUCACCUCCUCAUCAUCCACCGCGGAGAUCCAGCGAGGUUGGUCCGGACAGAGUCGGUGCCCUGUGAUAUCAACAACCCCUUGAGGAAACCCCCCCGGUAUUCCGACCUCCACGUCAGCCAGACACUCCCCAAAACCAACAAACUCAACAAGGACCACAUCCCAGUGCCCUACCAGCCAGACUCCAGCAGCAACCCUUCCUCCACCACCUCCUCCACCCCUUCCUCGCCGGCCCCACCGCUGCCCCCCAGCGCGACUCCCCCGUCUCCCCUGCACCCCUCCCCACAGUGCCCUCGCCAGCAGAAGCAGUUCAACCUGCCAGCACCCCAUUACUACAAAUGCAAGCAGCAGUUCAUUUUCCCAGAUGUGGUCCCUGAGACACCAACCCGAGCCCCACAGGUUGUCCUCCACCCCGUCAACUCCAACCCCAUCCUGGAAGGAAACCCAUUGCUUCAAAUUGAAGUGGAGCCCACCUCAGAGAACGAAGAAGUCCCUGAAGAAGCCCAGGAAUCUGAGGAUGACUUUGAAGAGAUGAACCUCUCCCUCCUCUCCGCCCGCAACUUCCCCCGCAAGGCCAGCCAGACCAGCAUCUUCCUCCAGGAGUGGGACAUCCCUUUUGAGCAGCUGGAGAUGGGGGAGCUGAUUGGGAAGGGUCGUUUUGGGCAGGUUUUCCACGGCCGGUGGCACGGGGAGGUGGCCAUCCGCCUCAUCGACAUCGAGAGGGACAACGAAGACCAACUGAAGGCUUUCAAGAGGGAGGUGAUGGCCUACAGGCAGACCCGGCAUGAGAACGUGGUACUCUUCAUGGGAGCCUGCAUGAGCCCUCCACACCUGGCCAUCAUCACCAGCCUCUGUAAAGGACGGACUCUCUACUCAGUGGUGAGAGAUGCCAAAAUCGUCCUGGAUGUCAACAAGACCAGGCAGAUAGCACAAGAAAUUGUCAAGGGAAUGGGCUACCUGCAUGCCAAGGGGAUCCUUCACAAGGACCUCAAGUCAAAAAACGUUUUCUAUGACAACGGGAAGGUGGUGAUCACAGACUUUGGCCUCUUCAGCAUCUCGGGAGUCCUGCAAGCAGGCAGGAGGGAGAACAAGCUGAGAAUCCAGAACGGAUGGUUGUGCCACCUGGCCCCAGAGAUCAUCCGCCAGCUCUCCCCAGACACUGAGGAGGACAAACUCCCUUUCUCCAAGCACUCGGAUGUCUUUGCACUGGGCACCAUCUGGUACGAGCUGCAUGCCAGGGAAUGGCCCUUCAAGACCCAGCCAGCAGAGGCCAUCAUCUGGCAGGUGGGCAGAGGGAUGAAGCCCAACCUCAGCCAGAUUGGGAUGGGCAAGGAGAUCUCGGACAUCCUCCUCUUCUGCUGGGCCUAUGAGCAGGAAGAAAGACCAACCUUCACCAAGCUGAUGGACAUGUUGGAGAAACUGCCAAAACGCAACCGUCGCCUUUCCCACCCCGGGCACUUCUGGAAGUCAGCAGAGUAA